CAAUUAAUUGCCCGAACAAUUUGUGCAUCCUUGUAAUGAAUACAUACGAUUAUGAACUGCACUUCGCGAAGCUCACCUCCGAUAGAGGCGUUGAAGCAAAAGAAUCUGAAAUAGCCAACACAUACCUAGACAUCAAUAGUUCAGGCUGCAGCCAGUUUCCUUCGGAUGCCAACAGUGUCUACAACGAGCCAGCGGCUGCCGACACGCACGACAAGGUGUGUGGUGCGCCGCAGUCGCGUGCCCGAGCUGGCGGUGGUCGUCAACCCUCGGUUGAUGAUGCCACAUCAUACAUUCAAGUGGUGGUACAGAAGCACCGACAGCAACGAGGCCCGCCACCACCACCGCCGCCGCCGCCACCACCACGUUUGCCUACCACUUCCAGUCCUAUAACGCAGGAUGGACAAGGCGACGGUCGGUGUCCAGUCGAACAAGUGGUGGGGGUCGCCAACGUCGAGGGCGGCAGGGGCGGCGGGGGUGGCGGGGGUGGCGGGGGCGGGCCUCUGUACCUGGUGUCAGCGGCGCCGGUCACCGCACCGCUACUGUUCGCCUGCCCUACCGAAGCUUUCGCAGUCAGGCACGCGUCGCGGACUGCCUUGCCCUAUUAUUUUAGUCAUACCGAGUCGUUCAACUACAGACGCAGAUGCAGAAUUGCUUAG